GGUGGUUUUUGCAAAGUGCUGGUGGUCCGGCUGACAGCUCGAUGUUCGCGCUGUGGAGGUUUGGCUGAGGAGGUGUUCGCAGCAUGGGCACCGGGGAUUACAUCUGCGUUACGCUGCGUGGUGGUGCACCCUGGGGGUUCUCCCUGAGGGAGGGAGAGGGGGACACCUACAGACCUUUCUUCGUCUCCCAGGUAGAAGAAGGGGGCCGUGCCUUCCUUGCCGGAGUGCGAGAAGGUGAUGAGGUGGUGUCACUCAACGGAGAGCCAUGCGCUGAUCUCACCUUAUUACGAGCCAUUGCACUCAUCGACACGUUGAUCGACUGUCUGCAGCUUCUUGUCAAAAGAUACUGCACCAUCCCCCCUGAAGAAUCUGAAUCAGAAGAGACAUACGGUGGAGGGAGAGACUCCUCUGGUGAGGCUUUAAAGAGCACCACCCUCCACAUCUUUACCCCAAAGCACAGGUCUCAAAGUCCAAGGGAACUCUACAUUUCUGAGUCUCAGGAUGAGGCAUAUGGGUUGGGCGGUGACACAGAGUUUCGCAAGGGACCCCAGCUGCUUUACACCCAGCUACAUGUUCCAUCAUCUGGUAAUGGGAGAGACCGGGACCAUGACUUUCAGGAAAAUGAUGGAGAAGGACGGCAGUGCUUCCCGCCUGGGGACAUGGUUGAGCUCCAGGUGUCCCUGUCUGAGCAAACCUUGGACCAUGUGGGCUGCACCGCUCUUGGGAGUGCUCAUGGGAUAGACGGAGAGCUCUCAAACAAAGAGGCUGUUGACAUGAUCCACACAACCACUGUGUCACACGAUGUACCGUGUCCUGUCAGACAGCCACUCGGCCAGCAUGGAGUGGUGCUCAGCUCUCCUUCGAUGCUGGGGCAGGUGGAGGUCAUUUUGCAGCAGCCAGCAGCAUCAGGAGCAGGGAGGGGCCUCGUGAGUGUGGGUGGCCCCAGGGUCAGUGGAAGUGUUGGAUCCCAUAGUGAAGGAGAAGAAGGGGGAGGGCACUGCGAGGCAGUUCCUGGGUCUUUCACUGUCUCUUUUGAAAUUGCCUCAGAAGAGGCGACACCAGCUGAAGAGCAUGACUCUGAUUCUGAGGGGGAUCAAGACAAACCCAACAAGCAUCGGGCAAGACACGCCAGGCUCAGGCGCAGCGAGAGUCUGUCUGAUAAGCAGUUGAAAGAGGCCAAGUCCAAAUGUAAACGCAUCGCUCUCCUUCUAACGGCUGCUCCGCCCAACCCCAACAACAAGGGGGUGUUGAUGUUCAAGAAACAUCGGCAGAGGGCCAAGAAAUACACACUUGUGAGCUACGGCACAGGAGAAGACGAACCAGAGUACAGCGACGAAGACGACGAGGAAAACGAAGACGAGAAACAAGAAACUCAUGCUGUUGAAUUUACCCUUGUGGCUCCAAACGGUUCUGAAAUAGACAAGCAUUUCCUCACUAAUGUCCGUAGUAGCAAAGGUGUGCUAACUAUCAAUUGGGACAAGGGUCUCCUUGAGAUUGAAAGGAACCUGAACAACCAAGCUGAGAUGGAAUGUUUGCCCGAAACCAAGGGCAAGGGUGCCGUAAUGUUUGCCCAACGGCGUCUAAGGAUGGAUGAGAUUUCAGCUGAACAUGACGAGCUUAGGCGUCAGGGGAUUCCCGUGGAAGCAGUGCCGAUGGUUGAAAAUAAGACAGAAGAGCACUCCUACAUGCAAUCCACAACAGAGGGCCAUGCUGACAUGGAUGUAAAUAUACACCAACAAAGCCAACACCAACAACAGUCCCAGCAAUAUCAGGAACAGCAGUGCUAUGAGCAACAACAGAACUACCAACAACAACAACAACAACAACAAUAUCAGCAGCAACAGUAUGAACAACAGCAUUAUCAACAACAGCAAAUGUAUCAGCAGCAGCAGCAGCAAGAAUAUCAUCAAGAGCAACAGCAGAUGCAGCAGUAUUCUACAAACAUCAAUGGCACAGUCCAACAUCAAACCAGUGAAAUGCAGAGUACUCUCAGCAAUCGUACUGCAAAGCCAUUCUCAGUAGAAAACAUGCCGGCUACUUAUUAUUCUCCCACAAUGAGUGGGACCAAUCAAGAUUUUGUGGGCCAAGGAGAGCAGAUAGCUUCCCGGGAUGAGCGCAUUUCUACCCCUGCAAGUCGGACUGGUGUUUUGUCGGACGCAAGGAGAAGAAAUGUUGGCAAGCCUAUGUUCACAUUUAAGGAAGCACCAAAAGUAUCGCCAAACCCAGCACUGCUAAACCUCCUCAACAGAAAGGAUAAGAAGUUGGGAUUUGAGUCAGGAGCUGAGGAAGACUACCUUAGCCUUGGGGCUGAGGCUUGUAAUUUCUUGCAGUCUCAACAAAUGAAACACAAGGCACCUCCACCAGUAGCUCCAAAGCCUGUGAUCAACCCCUACUCUCCUCCUUGGUCGCCACAGAUAGAAGUGACAAACCAGGACAUGCCUCAACAAGCUGAAAAUAGUGUAUCCACACCUGCUGUAGCCCCCACCACAGAGACUACCCCUGCUCCAGAACUAGAGCCAACCCCAGCACCUGCCCCUGAGCCCUCUCCCCCUCCUGCCCCCCAGGAGACUCCUGCCAGCACCACCACAGAGGAACAGCACACAUGGACUCCCCUGGAACCUGAAUCUCAACCACAGCCUCUGCAAGUGACAGCUCAGGAGGAAAAUAGUGAUAUAAAUUCUACCCUGCAGCCUGAGCCUGCUCCUGUUCCUAGCUGGGCUCCAGCACCAACCCAAGCACAAUAUCAGCCAUCUACCAGUUCUUGGCAUCCAGCUCAAGUGCAGUCCCAGGAACCACCUCAUAGUCAGUCCCCACCACAGCCACCUUGGAUGACACAACAACCUUCUCAGACCCAAGCACAGCCUCAACCCCCCACAAAUACUUGGACGCCUCAAAUUCAGCCAUCCUGGACUCAGCCUCAAGGGCAAGCACAGGCUCAGACUCAAGCUCAGCCAUCCUGGACUCGACCUCAAGGGCAAGCACAGGCUCAGACUCAAGCUCAGCCAUCCUGGACUCAGCCUCAAGAGCAACCACAGUCUCAUCCACAGGUUCAGCCACCCUGGGCACACUCACAUGAGCAGCCAAAUCUGCAGCAAAUGCAACCAACCUGGGGUCAACCUCAAGAACCAAUGCAGCAGCAGCCCCAGACCCCAUGGGCACAGCCAUCACAAACAGACUCUCAGCAUCAAACACCAUCCCAAGCACAACCUCCUUGGGCUCAACAGGAUCAGCCCGAAUCCCAGCCACAGCCGCCAUGGGUUCAGCCACCACAGCAUCAGGCUCCACAACAAGCAUGGUCACAGGCCCAAGCGCCAGGUCAGCCCCAACCACCGCAAGCGCCAGGUCAGCCCCAACCACUGUGGGUCUCAACUCAGCCUCAACAGCAACCUUUAAUUAAUGAAUGGCCUCCAUCACAAACUCAAGCCCAAGUUCAGCCACCUUGGAUCCAAGCAGCCCAAGCACAACCCCCAGCACAGCCUCAAGCCAUUUUGAAUCCAUGGCCGACAGUACCUGCUCAGGCUCAGUCCUCUCCAUCAUGGGCCCAGCACCCUUCAGAACAUGGUCAGCACCCCAUGAAUUCUUGGGCCCCAGAGCAAAAUCAGGCCCAACAUCAACCAGUUCCACCCCAGCUCACACCACAACCAAACUGGCAACAAUCCAUUUCAAAGACUCCACCACAGCCACCAAUAAAUACAUGGCCUCCACCUCCGACACAACCUCAGGCACCUUUUAAUGCUUGGGCACCACAGCCACAGCAAAUGCCUGUGAAUGUUUCCUCGUCAAUGGUGAACACUCCGUCUCCAAAACCUUGGCAUCUACAACAAAAUGCCCCACACAAUCGGGCCCCUCCACCACCGCCACAGCGAAUGCACUCUUUAACCAUUGGUCAACGAGGUUCACCGCCUAUCAACCCAAUGGCCAGUGUCUUUAACCCAUCAUCCCAAGGUUCAUCUUUUGGGAUGCCAUCCGUCAGAGGGAAAGGAGCCGAUAUGUUCGCCAAGAGGCAGUCUCGUAUGGAGAAAUUUGUUGUGGACUCUGAGACUGUACAAGCAAACAAGACUAGCCGGUCGACAUCGCCAGUUGCUUCCUUACCGAAUGAGUGGAAAUAUACACCCAACGUACGUGGUCCUCCUUCACGGGCAUAUAAUCCUAUUCAGUCCCCUUCUUACCCCCCAGCAGCAAUAAAGGCGCUCCCUCCAAGUAGCCCUUUAACCAAAGCCAAUAAAAAAGGCAAAGAGAAACAGAAGCCUGUACCUAAACUCAAUGUUAUCGAUGUUAUGAAGCAUCAACCCUAUCAACUCAAUUCCUCACUCUUUAUCUUUGGCCCAGCAGCAGAGGCUGCCAAGCCCCCUGAACCUAAGCCAGACUGUUCACCUCCUAAUCCACCUGUUGAAAACCAACCAAUUAGAUAUGAGCAAAUGGCCCUCACCCAGCCAGCUGGACCAUUAAAUGCCCCAUACCCCCAGCAAGCCUAUGGGAUGCCAAUGCAGCCCAUGAUGCAUGAUGGCCACUAUCAGCAAAACCCAGCUAAUAUUUAUCCUCCCUCUAAUCCUUAUCAGCACCCCCCUGCUGGUCCAUACCAGCAAGCAUAUAAUCAACAAACGUAUCAGCAACCUGCCCCACCUGCUUAUCAUCCCCAAGCUCCUCAAUCUCCAAACCCUAGCUACCAACAGGCACCGCAGGCCCUUUACCAACCAGCCAAUAGCCCUCCCUACUUGACACCUCCCUCAGUACCUUACCAGCCACAGCCUCCCAGUGUCUAUGUUGCUCCUAGUUUUCCUGUAGCUGCAAGGCCUGAAUCUGCAGCAGGUGGCAACACCGGAGCUGCUCCUAAACCCAAGUUCACAGCUAAAAAGAGCUCCGCUCAGGUCUGGAAGCCUGCCGCAGUUGAUAAAGAGUGAUUCUGGUAGAAUCAUGAUAUGCUAGAGUCAAAGGGUUGGUGCUCUUGCAAUCCACUUGCAAGUGGACUAUUUUGAGCAUAUAAACUUGCUUUUGCAAGGCCUAUAUUUGCAUCCACCUGCUCUCGUUAUUGUCAUAGGACAGCGCUUGAUGGUGUUCAUGGUUUGAAGAACUAAUAGAAAUGGCAUUACAAACAAAUAAGAACAUAACAAUAAGAGUGGGAUGUAAGCAUAUCUUACGAGAUACAAAGGAGCUCAAAUUAACUUUACAUGUUUAUAAAGCAUGUACAUUUCAACAUGUUUAUCUGAAAUUAUGCAUAUGGAUACUUAAUUAAAAUGAAUGUACUAUUAUGUAGGGGGAAAAAAGCUAAAGUCGUGGCAAUGUAAGAAUGUAGGAGGGCAAUAUGCUCAGUAAGAAUUGAAAGAAGGAUGUGAGAGAAAAAAGAAAUCAGAAGUGAAUGGUAUCGGACAGUAACAACAGGAAUUAGAUUUUUGAAAAGAAGAAAAUGCUUACUGUCUCCAAUCUUAUUUGAUAAACAAACAAAUAAACAGACAAAACAACUUAAAUAUAAUCAAGUUGGAUAGCAUGAUUAACACAACAAUAAGAAGUAAUGGAGAAGGGUCGGUCUUUGGGGUUUAAUGAUACCAACAUGAAGGCAAAAGUUUGAAUGUCAGUGAUGUCAGAGUACAGAUUAUGUAACAACUCUGGAGAUUUAACUGAAGCCUGGAGAAUACUGCACUACUCCUUACAAAAAGUGACAACUAGCCCUGACUUGCUUAAACUUUAAAAGUCAAAUGAGUAAAGGAUUUAUUCGUCAGUGGCUCUCCCGAGUGUCUUGUCCAUAGCACCUACUUAAGUGGGUUAGUUUUAUUUCAAGCCUUUUACCAGCUGUUGCAUCAUGUUAGGUACUAUAUUUAAACUGCCUUAUAAGAGGGAGUGCUGAAGUCCAGGGAUAGUAGGCUUGAAUUUCAGCUUAAGCCAGUAAGAGCUACUCAGGCCCUGAUUGUAUUUUCCCUGAUUGUAUUUUCCCUGAUAACAGAGAAAGAUAUCGUAUCUUCACUCUUCCAUACAUCUUCUCCCGCUAUUGUAUUAUAUAAAUAGAUGAUAAAUGAUUUACAAAAAAAGAAUUAUUAAAAGAACAUCCAGCCCAGUAAUGCUCACAAAUAUAUUGCUGGUACAGGGCUGCUUUUGUUCUUUAUGUUCUUUUCAUUUCCCUUUGUGUGUUUCUCUUCAUAGUGCUCUUCCUGUAUGUUUUCCUGCACUGCCAUUAAAAUGUAUUUUAUCCUUG